AUGGGCAACUUCAUUGAGUCCAGAAUCCUGGAGCUUUCCGAGAAAUCUGGAGUUGACGAAUUGACACUGAAAUUGGCAAUUUGUCUUUUUACGUCUUUCCCCUUCAAUGCCCUGUUGAAACGUCUUCCGGACCAUAAAACCUCUUUGAAAUGCUGGUACAUCGUGGGUGUCUCAGCUUUCUACUUGUUUGGAGUCCUUAACAUCUUCACCGGGUUCCGUACCCUUUUUUUAAGCAGCAUCUUCACAUAUGUGAUCUCCAGAUUCUACCGCUCCAAAUUCAUGCCUUAUGUGAACUUUGUUGUUGUUAUGUCUCAUCUGGCCAUCAAUCACUUCAGUGUCCAGUUUUUCAGCACUGCUGAAGAUUCUACAAAACUCGAUAUCACGGGUGCCCAGAUGGUUCUGGUGAUGAAGCUCACGGCUUUUGCGUGGUCUUACCACGAUGGCAUGCAGCCAGAUCAAUCCAAAUUCUCAGAUUUCCAAAAAGCGCGCGCCAUCAAAAAUCACCCAAGCCUAUUGAGCUUCAUGGCCUAUACCUUUUUCUAUCCUUCCCUUUUUACAGGGCCCAGUUUUGAUUUCGCAGAUUUCGAGUCGUGGCUCAAUUGCGAGGUGUUUCGGGACUUGCCUGACACCAAAAAGCCCAGACGCCGGUGGACAACUUCAGAUCGCAACCUUCGCAGACAAAUACCUAAAUGUGGGCUUUUGGUUCUGUGGCGUGUCGUCCAGGGUAUUUUUUGGAUUGUGCUAUCAACAGUCUUGCCAAAUUAUAUCUCCAAGGAGUUCAUGUUUACUAAAGCGUUCGCACAAAAAUCUUUUCUGUACAAGAUUCACUACCUAUACAUUCUCAGCUUCGUGUUCAGACUCAAGUAUUACGCCGCCUGGACUGUGUCAGAGGCUUCAUGCAUACUUUGUGGUCUUGGCUACAACGGCUAUGACGCUCGUACAAAACAAAUCAAAUGGGAUAGAGUGCGCAAUAUCGACAUUUGGAAGUUUGAAACCGCUAGCAAUACGCACGAGGGCCUUGAGGCUUGGAAUAUGAACACCAACAAAUGGUUGAAACACUACGUAUACUUGAGAAUUGCUAAACCAGGAUCUAAGCCUGGUUUCCGCAGCACACUAUUCACUUUCCUAACGUCUGCGUUUUGGCAUGGAACUAGACCCGGCUACUACCUCAGUUUUGCAACUGGUGCGCUAUACCAAUCUUGCGGCAAAAUAUUCAGACGCCAUUUGCGUCCUCUGUUUCUGAAUGCAGAGGGCAAAGGUCUUCCAUCGAAAAUACUUUACGAUAUUGUCUGCUUCUACGUCAUGAAACUUGCUUUCGGAUAUUUGGUGCAGCCGUUCGUGCUCCUGGAACUACCCUCUUCUUUGGCAUGCUGGAGCUCUGUCUACUUUUACUUCCACUUUGGGAUUCUGGUGACUUUCUUGAUAUUCAAGGGACCCUAUGCGGGGUCUGUGAUUAAAUUCCUCAAGUCCCACCAGGCCAUUUCUGUUGCUAAAAAGGAACAGAAAGGAAAACUCGAAGAGGCUGGACCACUAGGCGAGAUUGCCAAGGCUAAAAGGAUAUUUGAAGAAGCAGAGGCUUCUCGCGACAUGCAACUUGGAAUUCCAGAUGUUGAUUUUGAUAAAUUCAAUUUUGAAGAAGCUAAACGCGAUUUUUCGGAGUUCUUCGAGUCCUAUGAAAAAUGGAGAGCUGAGAAAGGUUUGGAAAUUGAAGAGCACAACUUGCAAAGAGCCUUUGAAAAUUUCAAGAGAGAACUCUCGUCAGGUCAAGAAAGAAGAACUAGCUUCAGUGUGUACUCACCUCGACCCAUAAAUAAGGAAGACUGA